UGGCUAGGACGACGAGAAGAGAGAAGUUCAGAAAGUUUGAUCACAGCGCGACUACGAGAAGAAAAAACUUUCAAAUGAAGGCAGUAAACGGAUUUAUGUGGCCAAACGAGACAUUCUGACAGGCAAAAGACAGCUUCUCUAUUAAGUAUAAUUCGUUUACCUACUCUUGAAGAUAAUUUUGAGAUUCGUUACGCUUUAACCUGACGGAGCACAGCCUCGCGCUGGCGGCUCUAUGUGGAUUUUACUCAAAAUAUGGGCCAAUUACCCGGUGUCUCUUCGGGCAAAGUGAUCCUUAUCGUUAUUUGCUGCCUUAAAGUAUCAUAUGCUCUGCAGUGUGUGGACCCCGUGAAGCCCUGUGUCAACAAUGCUACCUGUGUGACUUUCCACAAUGGAACAGGCUAUUGCAGGUGUGCUCCUGGUUUCUUAGGCGAGUACUGUCAGCACAAGGACCCGUGUUACGUGGGAUAUUGUCUGAAUGGAGGAGAAUGCACUGUGAGUGUGGAUGGUGUACCUGGGAGCCCAAGCUGUGUGUGUCCUCUGGGUUUCACAGGCCAGCACUGCGAGAUCCAGAAAAACUCCACAUGCUUCCCCAACAACCCUUGCACCAAUGGCGGGAAGUGCUCACUCCUCCCCAACGACCAGUACAAAUGCCAGUGUGCCCGUGGAUGGACAGGUCAGCAGUGUGAGCAAGAGGACACAUGUCUGUCCAGCCCAUGUGCCAACGGUGGUAUCUGCCAUGCUCUUCCCAAUCGUGAAUUCUCUUGUACCUGUCCUCCUGGUUUCCGUGGCCCCCGUUGUCUCAAUGACACAGAUGAGUGUGCCUUCUCUCCGUCUCUGUGCAAGAACGAAGGCGUGUGUCUGAAUACCCCAGGCUCAUAUCGAUGUAACUGCCAACCCGGCUUUACCGGCCUCCAGUGCGAGACGGAUUAUGUGCCCUGCUUUCCAUCCCCCUGCCUCAAUGGUGGAACCUGCCGGCAGAUGACAGACACAACUUAUAUAUGCCACUGCCUGCCAGGUUUUAAUGGAACAAACUGUGAGGUGAACAUUGAUGAUUGUCCGAAUCACCGCUGUCAGAAUGGAGCCACAUGCAUGGAUGGAGUGAACACUUACAACUGCCAGUGCCCACCUGAAUGGACUGGUCAGUUUUGCACUGAUGAUGUGGAUGAAUGCAGACUGCAGCCCAACGCCUGUCAGAACGGAGGCACGUGCAGUAACACACGCAACGGCUACAACUGUGUGUGUGUGAACGGCUGGAGCGGCCCUGACUGCUCUGAAAACAUUGAUGACUGCGCAGCUGAGCCCUGCACGGCCGGCUCCACUUGCAUCGACCGCGUGGCUUCCUUCGUUUGCAGCUGCCCUCCCGGCAAGACUGGUUUGCUGUGUCACAUUGAUGAUGCCUGCACCAGUAACCCUUGCAAGAUGGGAGCUCAAUGCGACACGAACCCCGUCAAUGGCAAGUUCAACUGUAACUGCCCCUCAGGGUACAAGGGCAGCACAUGUGCCGAGGAUAUCGACGAGUGUGUCAUCGGGCCAAACCCGUGUGAGCACGGUGGUUCAUGUAAGAACACAGAGGGCUCGUUCACCUGUAACUGCGCUCCGGGUUACACUGGUCCACGCUGUGAGCAGGACAUCAACGAAUGUGGCUCCAACCCCUGCCAAAAUGACGCCACCUGCUUGGACCAGAUAGGAGAUUACACCUGCAUCUGUAUGCCAGGCUUUGAGGGAUUGCACUGUGAGAUUGACAUUAAUGAGUGUGCCAGCUCGCCUUGUCUUAAUAGCGGUAGAUGUCUAGACCAGGUCAACCGGUUUGUCUGCGAGUGUCCUCAAGGUUUCACUGGGGAAAUGUGUCAAGUAGACAUUGACGAGUGUGCCAGCACGCCGUGCCAUAACGGGGCCAAGUGUCUCGACCGUCCUAACGGCUACGAGUGUGAAUGUGCUGAAGGUUUCUCAGGGACAUUGUGUACGGACAACAUUAACGACUGUGAACCCAAACCAUGUCACCAUGGCGAUUGUAUAGACGGAAUUGCUACCUUCACCUGCGAGUGUCACCCAGGUUACAUGGGCCCCAUCUGCAGCGAGCAGAUACGUGAGUGCCAGAGUGACCCCUGCCAAAACAGAGGACGCUGUGUUGACCUGGUCAACAUGUACCUAUGCAACUGCCAGCCAGGCACUUCAGGCGGGAACUGUGAGAUUAACCAUGAUGACUGUGCCAGUAAUCCCUGCCAGCAUGGGACCUGUGAGGAUGGAAUUAAUGAGUACAAAUGUUUGUGCAAACCUGGAUACACAGGGGAGCGAUGCAACGAAGAGAUAAAUGAAUGCAGUUCAAACCCGUGUCUGAGUGGAGGGACAUGUGUGGACAAAGUGAAUGGGUUUCAGUGUUUGUGUCCAGUUGGGACUCACGGUCCUCUGUGUCACUCAGGUGCAGACCACUGCAGCCCCAUGCCCUGCCUGCAUGGAGAGUGUAUUGAGCAGCAGGACGGGUAUCUUUGCGCAUGUAAGCCAGGCUGGGAGGGUAAGAACUGUGAGAGAGAGAAAAACGAGUGUCAGUCAAACCCGUGCCAGAACGGUGGAACCUGUAAUGACCGUCUCAAUGGCUACACCUGCGUGUGUGCUCGUGGAUUUGCAGGUUUGAACUGUGAGAUAAAUAUUAAUGAAUGUGAGCCAAACCCUUGUAUGAAUCAGGGAACCUGUGUGGAUAGAGUCAACAGCUACAUCUGCCACUGCACUCUGCCUUACACAGGGAGACACUGUGAGGAUAAGUUAGUCCCCUGUGAUUCUCAGCCCUGUCAGAGACGAGGGGUUUGUCAGCCAUCCCUGGAUUACACCAGCUACACCUGCCUGUGCCACAGCGGAUGGGAAGGAGCCCAGUGCACAGAGGAUGUAGACGAGUGCAAGAAAAACCCAUGUCAGAAUGGAGGUCAUUGUCGUAACACAGUGGGCAGCUACCGAUGCGAGUGUCAGCCUGGAUACAGUGGGGUCAACUGCCAGACUAAUAUCGAUGACUGCAGCUCCAAUCCAUGUCGUAAUGGAGGUACGUGUGUUGAUAAAGUGGGCCGGUUCUUGUGCGAGUGCAGAGCUGGUUUCUAUGGUGAGCGCUGUGAGGAGGAAGUGGACGAGUGCACUAGCAAUCCCUGCUGGAAUGGAGGUCGCUGCACUGACUACGUGAACAGCUACACAUGCCAGUGCCCGCCUGGCUAUGACGGCAUCAACUGUGAACGUGACAUCCCAGAUUGCACUGAGACAUCUUGUCUCAACAAUGGAACAUGUGUGGAUGGAAUUAACCGUUUCACCUGCCGCUGUCGGCAUGGCUUUUCGGGUCAAUUUUGCCAGUAUGAACUGAAUGAGUGUGAUUCUCACCCCUGUAAAAAUGGCGGCACCUGCAUAGAUGGCCUGGGGACUUUCCACUGCACCUGCCCACUGAUGUAUAAUGGAAAAACCUGCGAGUCAAUGGUGAACGUGUGCAGUAAGAUUAUGUGUCUGAAUGGAGGCACAUGCAUCCAGAAGGAGAUGGAUUGGAGAUGCAGCUGUCAGCAUGGCUGGACAGGCCUGUACUGUGACAUCCCUAAUAUGUCCUGCCAGACUGUUGCCAAAAACAAGGGUGUGGCGGUGGACAUGGUGUGUAAGUACGCAGGGCGGUGUAUCGACAAAGACAACACACACCAGUGUAUGUGUCAGAGAGGUUAUAUGGGCAGUUACUGUGAGCAAGAGGUGGAUGAAUGUCUUUCCAACCCCUGUAGAAAUGGAGGGACCUGUGUGGACUACCAGGGUGGAUAUGACUGCAAGUGUAAAGCAGGUUAUCAGGGAGUGAACUGUGAAUAUGAUGUUGACGAGUGCCAGUCAAAUCCCUGUCGUAAUGGAGGUACCUGUAUUGAUUUGAUCAACCGCUUCUCCUGUGCAUGUCCUCCCGGCACCAAAGGUUUGCAGUGUGAGGUGGACGUGAAUGAAUGCGCCCCAGAGUUUGGCGCUCGUUGUAAGAAUGGCGGCCAGUGUGUGGAUGGUGUGGGACGGUACACUUGCUCCUGCCCUCCUGGUUUCACUGGAGAGCAUUGUGAGGGAGAUGUGAACGAGUGUCUUUCUGGACCUUGCCAUCCAUCUGGCACCAUUGACUGUGUGCCGCUCACCAAUAACUAUCAGUGCCGGUGUCGUCUCGGUUAUACUGGGCAACAUUGUGAGUUAAUGGUGGAUCUGUGCCAGUCCAAGCCAUGCCACAACAACGGCAGAUGUGCCAUGAACACAAGUUCAUUACAUGGAUACACCUGUACCUGCCAACCUGGUUACACUGGCUUCAACUGUGGUGAUUUUGAGAUCUUUUCCUGUGCCAGUUUGCGCUGUCAAAAUGGUGGACAGUGCGUGGAGAUAAAGGGCCGCCCGCAGUGCCGCUGCCCAAUGGGUUUUACUGGACCCCACUGCGAGAGCAUCACAAACCGCUGCAUGUGUCAAAACGGUGGCAAAUGUAUGCCAGAUGAUUCUAAAUUCAGCUGCCAGUGUCCACCCGGCUUCAGUGGGCCAACCUGUCAAGUGUAUAAACCUUCCUGCCCAUAUUUGGAGUGCAAACAGCAGGCAGGAGACAAAGUGUGUGACCCACAAUGUAAGACCCCAGAAUGUGAGUGGGAUGGAGGUGACUGUACGCUGCACUGGGACAAGCCCUGGAAGAACUGCACAGCCUCCGUACCCUGCUGGGAGUUAUUCCAUAAUGGCCGCUGUGACCCAGAAUGCGACAAUGCUGGCUGCCUCUUUGACAGUUUUGAAUGCCAGAAAGGUUCAUCGACUGGCCCAAGCACUUGCAAAUAUGACCGAUACUGUGCAGAUCAUUACGCCAAUGGUCAUUGUAACCAGGGCUGCAACACAGAAGCAUGUGGCUGGGAUGGUCUGGACUGUGCCACAGAUACUCCUCCCAAGCUGGCUGAUGGUACACUGAUGAUCGUGGUGCUGCUGCAGCCCGAGGAGCUUUUGGGUGACCUUAAGGGUUUCCUGCGCUCUUUGGGGACACUGCUGCACACCAACCUGAGACUUAAGCUGGAUGAGCAUAAGAGACCUAUGGUGUACCCAUACUAUGGAAAUGAGGAGGACGAAAUACAAAACAAUAUUGCCUCUAUGAAGCAACGUGAAAAACGAGAGCUGGAGAGGGAGGUUAUUGGAUCAAAGGUUCACCUGGAGAUUGACAAUCGACAGUGUUCUCAGCACUCGGACGAAUGCAUCUCCAGUGCAGACCAGGCUGCAGCCUUCAUAGCUGCCGAGUACCUGAAAUCACAGCUGCAGUACCCUGUCUACUCUGUGGGCAGUGAUAAAGAUUCAGUACCCCCCAUGCCCCCUCUCCUGUACCUGGUUGCUGUGGCUGCAGCUAUCAUCAUACUGAUUUUGGUUCUGGGUGUGUUGGCUGCCAAGCGUAAACGCAAGCAUGGGACUUUAUGGCUUCCUGAUGGCUUUCUGGCAAAGAAAGACAGCAAGCGGAGGGAGCCAGUGGGACAGGAUGAUUUUGGCAUGAAGAGCAUGCAGAAACCACAGGAUGGAGGGUUGAUGGAUGGCAGUUCUACCCAUCAUUGGUCAGAGGAGGAUCAUCUAUCUAAAAAACCUAGGGUAAGAGACGGUACCUCCACAGCCCUGAAGAUGACCGUAACAGAUCCCUUUGUUUAUGAUCAAUCUGAAUGGACCCAUCCAACCUCACAGAUGGAGGAUAAGCCAUUGCUUCCUGUCGGAGUGGAUGGAGGAGUGGACAGGAGAGAGUGGACCCUGCAGCAUCACAAAGCCGCGGACAUCUCACUUACUCCCCCUCAGGCGGACAUAGACAUGGACAGCCUGGAUGUCAAUGUUAAAGGACCAGAUGGUUUCACUCCUCUCAUGCUGGCAUCUCUACGAAGUGGCAGCAGCCCUGAUUGUGGCAGCAUGCUGGGAGAUGAGGAGGAGGAAAGUGGUGCUGACGAGCCUGGCCCAAACGUCAUAACUGACUUAAUUGGCCAGGGUGCUUCACUCAAUGCCCAGACAGAUCGCACCGGAGAGACUGCCCUUCACCUCGCUGCACGAUACGCCCGAGCUGAUGCCGCCAAGAGACUGCUGGAUGCUGGUGCUGAUGCCAAUGCUCAUGAUAACAUGGGCCGCACCCCUCUACAUGCGGCCGUCGCGGCAGAUGCCCAAGGAGUCUUUCAGAUUCUCAUCCGUAACCGUGCCACGGAUCUUGAUGCCCGUAUGAAUGACGGCACCACACCACUCAUCCUGGCAGCCAGACUGGCAGUGGAGGGCAUGGUGGAGGAACUGGUGCACUGCCAUGCAGAUGUCAAUGCUGUGGAUGACCAUGGCAAGUCAGCUUUGCACUGGGCCGCUGCUGUUAAUAAUGUAGAUGCCACUCUAGUGCUACUCAAGAAUGGAGCCAAUCGAGACAUGCAGGACAACAAGGAGGAGACCCCCUUGUUCCUGGCUGCCAGGGAGGGCAGCUUUGAAGCAGCCCAAGUUCUCCUAGAUCAUUAUUCAAAUCGUGAUAUCACCGACCACCUAGACCGCCUGCCUCGUGAUACUGCACAAGAACGAAUGCAUCACGACAUUGUGCGUCUGCUGGACCAGUACAACCUGGUGCACAGCCCACAUUCUGGGCCUAACCACGUGGGCAAUGGUGGGGGACACUCCUCCAUGAUCUGUGGGACAAACGGCACAGGAUUCAUGAUCGGCAUGCGUCCAGGACCACAGGGAAAAAAGAAUCGCCGAGCAGGAGGAAAAGCAAACACGGUUGCAGCCGGGACAGCCAAAGAUCUAAAAGAAAUAAAGGCGAAGAGGCGGAAGAAGCCGGCCGGAGGAGAGGGACCGAAUGUUGUGGCGGUGGCAGGAGCCAGCGGAAAUGUCACCAAAGCAGCUGGCGGCCUCUCUGAGAGCUCGGUCACCAUGUCACCUGUGGAUUCCCUGGAGUCUCCACACUCGUACGCUGGAGAGGCAGUGGCCACCACCAGCACGGCGAAUUCUCCCCCUCUGCUCAGCACCCCGUCCGUGAGGCCCAUGCUGCCUCCUGUGAGUCACAUGUUGAGCCAACAGCAAAGCUGGGUGGGUUUGGCCAAACACAGCUACAAUGGCCACAUGUUUGGCCUCAUGUCGCCCCACCAGAUGAACGCGGGCCACACCAGCAUGCAGCAGCACCACAGCCCGGGCAUGCUCACCCCGAUGAACGUCACCAUGAGCCGUGAACAGCUGCCGCCCAUUGUCACCUUCCAAAUGAUGGCAGCAGGCAACGGGCAGAGCCUCCUCAAGCAGGCGCAACAGGGGCAGAUGCAGGCACAGGGGCAAAAUCAGGCACAAAGUCAGCACCUGCACUGUAACCAGAGUAUGAUGUACCCCAUGCCUGAUGUGGGAAUGCAGCACAGCUUGUCGCAUACACUUCCACACCCCCACGGUCACAACCACGCACUCCCUCACGGGCUGCCUGAGAGCCAAGCACGACAAGUAGCUUCCUAUCAGCCACGGCAGAGCCCCGUGGAUAAAUAUCCAACGCCACCUUCCCAGCACAGCUACGCCACUGCCGGCUCCGAGGGAACCACCCCCGGUCAUCCAGCGCACAAUCCCAGCGAACACCCCUACCUCACUCCUUCGCCUGAAUCACCCGACCCCUGGUCCUCGUCAUCGCCCCACUCCAACUCAGACUGGUCCGAUGUCACAACAAGUCCCACCCCUCUAGGAAACCCCCACACACUGCCUCCUUCCUGCCACACACACAUUCCCGAACAAGCCCAGCUGCAGGCCCCGUCACAGGCUGCGCAGCCGACGCAGUCGCAGCAGUCACAGCGCAGCAGUGUGUAUGCAUAGGAACUUGGACCUUCGAGAGUUUAAUUGCACGGCUGUUUUGAUUGUCUCUCUCUUCAGCUGCCAGAGGAGUGGCCAUUUAUCCUUUCUCCAUUCUUCAGCCUUUAUUACGCUCUGCAUGUUGACUUUGAAGUUUGC